AUGACCAUUGACGGCCUUGACAUGAAGGCAGAACUGAUAAACAGGUCAAUGCUAAAAGCCUACGAGGUAUACUGUCCUCUCAAAACCAAAAGGACAACAAGAAACGUGCCCUGGUGGAACGAGAGGCUAAGCAAGAUGAGAUGUAAACUCCGGAAACUCUUUAACACCACAAAAAGAACGAGGGAUUGGGCUAACUACUCAAGAGCCCUAAUGGAGUACAACUCAGAGACAAGGAAAAGUAAAAGGAAGACCUGGAGGCAAUUCUGUGAGGGGAUUCAAAACCUACCAGAAUCAGCCAGACUCCAAAAAGCCCUUCAGAGGGAUGUGCCUAAUCCUCUUGGCACAUUAAUACGGGAGGAUGGGAGUCACACAACAGGCAUGGAGGAGACUCUUGAAGUCCUCAUGAACACCCACUUCCGAGGGAACACCCCAUUAGGCAAUUCAACAGGACAACACUUGAUACCCUGGAAUAGGAAAUCGCCUAGGGAAAUUGCAAUGGCGAGAAGAUUCUCAAGUAAGCUGUUCAAGCCGGAGGUCGUGAAGUGGGCUGUCGAAUCUUUUAGCUCUUUCAAGUCCCCAGGCGGGGACGGAAUAUUCCCAGCUCUCAUCCAAGAAGGACUAGAGGUCCUUAUAAAUCAUAUGAUAGCUUUGUUCAGGGGCAGCUUUGCCCUAGGAUACAUCCAAAUCUAUGCUGCAGUCAGAAGCAGGGGCAUCUCCCCCGACUUAGCAGCUUGGAUUAACGCUCUGCUCAAGAGCAGGGAGGUGACAGCAGAAUUGGGCGGCUAA